AAAAAAUGACAGCUUUUGACAGAUGUCACAAAAUUGUGUUAGCCUGAUAAGAAGUGAUUCAGGAAGGUCAAAAGGACAUUUCUGACUCUUUCAAAACUGGCCCUGCCUUGUGCACCCCAACAUGUGGGAUGCCAGGCAGAUGGAAGGGGGUGAAGGCUCUACUUUGGGGCUCAGGGACCUUCCCUCACCUGCACCUCUUGUCGGCAGGGGCUGUGGGGAGCUACCUGUCUGGACGGAGAGCCCCAGACAGGAAUGUCCGGGCACCAUGGUGAUUUGGGGGAGCCUGGGCAAGUCAGGUGUCUAUGUCGGGGUGACAGAAAGAGCCUCCCUCAGGUGUCCACUGGGCACACCAACAGUGCUCAGGCUGGUCGCUGCUCUCCGGGCCCUGCCUGGCAGCACAGGGGACAUGGCAGCUCCCAAAGCUGUGCCUGUGCCUGUGCCAGUUCUGCUGAGACGAAAGAAGAAGAACGUUUGCGGGCUUCUACUCACCAGGGGACAAUCCCUCUUCCAGAGAAGCAGAAGCAGCCGGGGCCAAGGGUCCCUAACCAGGAGUCCAGCAGUGACGAUGAUGGUGAGGAGGAGGAGGUGGAAGAGGAGGAGGAAGAAAGUGAUGAAGCCAGUACAAACCAGUGCCUCGGGGGCCUCGGAAAGGAACGAGGCAGAAUCUGUUCAUCAGACAGUGAUGUGGGAUCAGAGGAGGAAACAGCUCACGGAUUACUGAGAACAAAGCAACUCUCCAGUGAUGAGGUCUAUCCAUGCUGUCUCAAAGGGAGGUGAACCCUCCAGAAACCGGAAAGCAGGGGGAGAAGAGAAAGCGGAUGUCAGAAGCAUGAAACGUGCACUCACUCACUGUCUGUCUUUUUUUGAACAGUUUGUUUUAAAAUAAUGAUGAAAUGACUUGUUUUGUUUGAAGUGAUGAAUUGAAUUGCUUUUGCAUAAUGCCAGUUGUGAAUAAAGAAUGUUCAG